AUGGCUGAUUUUGUUGUGGGUUUGUUGCUCAUACUGGCCAUGGCUGCCUAUUCAGAUGCCAAUUACUGUGUGUGCAAUCCAAAUUUGAGUGACACUGUUCUUCAGAAGAACAUUGACUAUGCAUGUGGAAAUGGGGCUGACUGUACCCAAAUUCAGCAAACUGGGUCUUGUUAUAACCCUAACACUGUUAAAGAUCACUGUAAUUAUGCAGUUAACAGUUAUUAUCAGAGAAAGUUUCAAGCUCUUGGGACCUGUGAUUUUAGUGGAACUGCCACUGUUACUGCUAACCCACCUACUACAUCUGGAUGUGUGUUUCCAUCUGGUCCUAGCAACGGAGGAACUCCAACCACCGGCACACCAGUCGCCGGGGGGACUCCGGCCACCGGAACUCCGGUGUCUGGUGGAACUCCGACCACCGGAACACCGAUUUCAGGCGGGACUCCAACCUUUGGAACUCCGACCGCCGGAGGAACACCGGUCACCGGAACUCCAGCCACCGGAGGAACUCCAAACGUGGGCGGCACCACAAUCCCGGGCUCAACCGCAAGUCCCGGUUUUGGACUCGGGCCAACCACCUCAAGUGGAUUCCCAAGCCCGGACAUUAACAAUGGCGCAAAACUACCGUCCCAAAGCCGAUCCUGCGCGCUCGUCUCAAUGUCUGUGGUUCUGAUUUCUAGUUUCAUUUGCUCAAGGAUUUGA